AUGGCUACACGAUCAUUAGUCGUAGGAGGAACGGGUGGCAUUGGCUUCGCCAUUGCCUGCCGCCUCGCCGCAGCUUCGGCAUCCUCACAAGUGACUAUCAGUGGCCGCACCGAACCCAAGGACGUCCCUCACCCCAACAUCAAGUUCCGCGCCUUGGACGCAUCUUCCAUGCGCUCCAUCAAGCGAUACACGGACGACUACAAGUCCCUCCAAGACCCACAACUCGACUUGCUCGUCCUCACCCAAGGCAUUCUCACCAUGGCAGGUAGAACCGAGACGUCAGAGGGAAUCGACCGCAAGAUGGCCCUUCACUACUACGGCAGGCAGCUUCUCAUCCGCGAGCUGAGCCCCAUCCUAAAGGACGAUGCCAAAGUCCUCAUCGUCCUUGAUAGCACCCGCGGAAGCCCGACGAAGCUGAUUUGGGACGACUUGGACCUGAAGAAGAACUUCAGCUUGCAAAAAGCAGCGGACCACUGCCUGUCCAUGACGGACGCCAUGAUCCAGGCCUAUGCGGCCGAGAACAAGGACAAGAGGCAACACUUCAUCCACGCGUACCCUGGCAUCGUACAGACCAAUCUCUUCCAUACCAUGCCGUGGUAUCUUCGGACUGCGACAAAACUCCUGACCAAUGUGAUGGGCGUGCCGGCCGAUACCUGCGCCGAGAGACUUCUGGAGGGAGUGGACGGGGCCUCGGGGAAGGACGGCGCAUCUUGGAGUUGUAUCGAUCAAAAUGGUAAGGUUGUCGGCAACAAGGCUAUUUUCACUGAGGAGGAUUUGAAAAAGGUCAAAGAUCACACUUGGAAGACGAUUGACGAGGCACUUGCAGUCCCCAGUGAGUAG